GUGACCACAGCCAAUAGGAGAGCAGACACGCGGAAAGUUUGCUCAAUGGGCGAUGUUGGAGGGAGGCUGUCACUCGGGUGGCGCUGGCGGUGGCGGAGGCUGAGCUAAGACGUGGCCGGAGAUACUCAGCUGGCUGUCCCGGUCGGCGGUGCUGUGGCUGCGUCUCUAGCGCGUCAUCGCCUUGGUCGGGGGCUCGGAGAGGCAGGUGCCGGCGGCUGCACCUCCAUGCCCGCACGCUGUGCAGGCCGCUGAUGGAGCGCUCCACCCGACUGGGUCCGCUGGCGCGGGCGCUGCUGCUGCCGCUGCUGCUCGGGCUCGCCGUGGUGGCCGCGGGGCGCGCCCGCGACCUCUCCGCACCGUCGGCGGAGGCUGCGUUCGGUCUGGGGGCCGCGGCCGCUCCCACCUCGGCUGCGCGGGUGCGGGCGACUGCAGCUGAAGUGACGGUUGAGGACGCCGAGGCGUUGCCGGCUGCUGCAAGCGAGCUGGACCCGCAUGAGCCGGAACCCGACAAAGAAGCCGAGCUGCGGCCGCGCGGCAGAUCAUUAGUGAUCAUCAGCACUUUAGAUGGGCGAAUUGCUGCCUUGGAUCCUGAGAAUCAUGGUAAAAAGCAAUGGGAUUUGGACAUGGCAUCCGGCUCCUUGGUUUCAUCCAGCCUUAGCAAACCAGAGGUACUUGGGAAUAAGAUGAUCAUUCCUUCCCUGGAUGGAGGCCUCUUCCAGUGGGACCGAGACCGUGAGAGCAUGGAAACAGUUCCUUUCACAGUUGAAUCACUUCUUGAAUCUUCUUAUAAAUUUGGAGAUGAUGUUGUUUUGGUUGGAGGAAAGUCUCUCACUACAUAUGGACUCAGUGCGUAUAGUGGAAAGGUGAUUGCUCCUUUUCUCACCACAAAAAUUGAAUAUCUGCUUUUUCACUCCAGAAGAGCUCUUUCUCUGGUCCCUUUAUUUAAGUGUAAAUUUCUAAAACAUGCCUUUGUAAAUUUAAGGUGGAAUUUCAGUGUUGGCCACUUUGAACUUCGGUAUAUUCCAGACUUGGAAACUACAGCCGGAUUUAUUGAAAGCACCUUAAAACCCAGUGAGAACAAAGAAGAGUCUAAAAUUAUUUCAGAUGUGGAAGAACAGGAAGCUGCCACGAUGGACACAGUGAUAAAAAUCUCAGUUGCUGAUUGGAAGGUUAUGGCCUUUAGUAAGAAGGGAGGACAUCUGGAAUGGGAAUAUCAGUUUUGUACUCCCAUUGCAUCUGCCUGGUUGGUUAAGGAAGGCAAAGUCAUUCCCAUCAAUCUUUUUGAUGAUACAAGUUAUGCAUCUAAUAAUGAAGUUUUAGAAGAUGAAGAAGACAUUGUAGAAGCUGCCCGAGGAGCCACAGAAAACAGUGUUUACUUAGGAAUGUACAGAGGCCAGCUCUAUCUGCAGUCAUCAGUCAGAAUUUCAGAGAAGUUCCCUACGAGUCCCAAGGCCUUGGAAUCUGUUAAUAUUGAAAAUGCAAUUGUUCCUUUGCCAACAAUCAAAUGGAAACCCUUAAUUCAUUCUCCUUCCAGAACUCCUGUCUUGGUAGGGUCUGAUGAAUUUGACAAAUGUCUUAGUAAUGAUAAGUUUUCUCAUGACGAGUACAGUAAUGGAGCGCUUUCAAUCUUGCAGUAUCCAUAUGAUAAUGGUUAUUAUCUACCAUACUACCAGAGGGAAAGGGGCAAACGGAGCACACGGAACACAAAAAUCACAGUCAGAUUUUUCGACAGCACAAAUUACAACAAGAAUAUCCGCAAAAAGGAUCCUGUUCUCCUCUUACACUGGUGGAAGGAAAUAGUUGCAACUAUUCUGUUUUGUAUCAUAACAACAACUUUUAUUGUGCGUAGACUUUUUCAUCCUCAUCCUCACAGACAAAGGAAGGAAUCUGAAACUCAGUGUCAAACUGAAAAUAAAUAUGAUACUGCAAGUGGGAAAUCUGAUGACAGCAGCUUGAAUGACAUAAAAAAUUCUGGAUACGUAUCACGAUAUCUAACAGAUUUUGAACCAAUUCAGUGCAUGGGUCGUGGUGGGUUUGGAGUUGUCUUUGAAGCUAGAAACAAAGUAGAUGACUGCAAUUAUGCUAUCAAGAGAAUCCGCCUUCCCAACAGGGAAUUGGCUCGGGAAAAGGUAAUGCGAGAAGUUAAAGCCUUAGCCAAGCUUGAGCACCCCGGAAUUGUUAGGUAUUUCAAUGCUUGGUUGGAAGCACCACCAGAGAAAUGGCAAGAAAAAAUGGAUGAAAUUUGGCUGAAAGAUGAAAGCACUGAAUGGCCUCUUAGUUCUCCUAGUCCAAUGGAUGCACCAUCAGUUAAAAUACGCAGAAUGGACCCUGUCUCUACAAAGGAACAUAUUGAAAUUAUAGAUCCUUCACCACAAAGAAGCAGGUCUUUUUCAGUGGGGAUUUCCUGUGGCCACACAAGUUCAUCUGAAAGCGAAUUCUCUCCACUGGAAUUCUCAGGAAUGGAUGGUGGAGACGGCAGUGAGUCAGUGAGUGGAGCGCAUAACCUCCAGGACAGUUGCCUUACAGACUGUGAUGUGGAAGGUGGCACUGUGGAUGGCCGCGAUGACGGGCACUCCUUUGAACUUUGUCCUUCUGAAGCCUCUCCUCAUGGAAGGUCAAGGGAGAGAACCUCUUCUUCUAUAGUAUUUGAAGAUUCAGGCUGUGAUAACGCAUCCAGUAAAGAAGAGCUCAAAACUAACCGACUGCACGUUGGCAACCAUUAUGCUCACAAACUAGCUGCUACCAAGCAUUCCAGUAGCAGAUCUUCUUCGGAACCUGCUUUGUCUAUUUCUCUUCCAAGGCCAACCACUUUGAGCCUAAAUCUUACCAAAAACACCACGGAAAAACUCCAGCCCAGCUCACCAAAGGUGUACCUUUACAUUCAGAUGCAGCUAUGUAGGAAGGAGAACCUCAAAGACUGGAUGAACAGCCGAUGCACCAUAGAGGAGAGAGAGAGGAGUGUGUGUCUGCACAUCUUCCUGCAGAUUGCUGAGGCGGUGGAGUUUCUGCAUAGUAAAGGGCUCAUGCACAGAGACCUCAAGCCUUCCAACAUAUUCUUUACAAUGGACGACGUGGUCAAGGUUGGAGACUUUGGGUUAGUGACCGCAAUGGACCAGGACGAGGAAGAGCAGAUGGCUCUGACCCCAAUGCCAGCAUAUGCCAGACACACAGGACAAGUGGGGACCAAACUGUAUAUGAGCCCAGAGCAGAUUCAUGGAAGCAACUACUCGCAUAAAGUGGACAUCUUUUCUUUAGGCCUCAUUCUGUUUGAAUUAUUGUACCCAUUUGGCACCCAGAUGGAGAGAGUCAGGGUCUUAACCGAUGUAAGAAAUCUCAGAUUUCCACCACUAUUUACUCAGGAAUAUCCUCAUGAGUAUGUGAUGGUUCAAGACAUGCUCUCUCCAUCCCCCAUGGAGCGGCCUGAAGCGACAACUAUCAUUGAAAAUGCUAUAUUUGAGGACUUGGAGUUUCCAGGAAAAACAGUACUCAGACAGAGAUCUCGCUCCGUGAGUUCAUCAGGAAUGAAACAUUCAAGACAGUCGAGCAGCUCCCAGAGCCCUUUGCCAAGCAGCUAGCCUUACGUUGUGCCCGCACCCCAAGAAGGUGACACAGUAUAGCCCUCUUCUUAGGAAUGUGACUUUCCAAAAUUAUGGACUUGAAAACUUUGUUCUUUGCUCAUUUAUUUCAGACUACUUUUUCUAAGUCAGAUCUAAACUGGAUUUUGGGGGCAUACCCGAAUUUGAGCCAGCUCUCGAUUUUGCUGUAUUCUAGGAGACAACUGUCACUAAGUCACAUGUGGUCCUUUUUCUCUGUUGGUCUCUUGAACCUGGCUGGCCACACUUUACAGCCCUCACCUUUUGCCUGGGGAGGUGGAAACAAUCCCUAAAGUAUACAGAGAAUUAAAAUAGAAAUAUUUUUAUAGUACAGAAUAAUGAAAGUCCCUACAUAUGGUAACUGUGUUAUUCUAGAAAUAUGCUUUCUAGAGAUACAGUGGUGAUUUUGAAACUGAUUUCCAAAGAAGCUGACUCCGUUUUUGUCCCUGGUGGGUAAAUUAGGAAUCUGCACUAUUUUGGAGGACAAGUAGCACAAAUUGUAUAAUGGUUUCUAUCUAUAGCUAGUUUUAUAGUGGCAUUUAUAGUAUUGAAUACCUUUAUUCCUUAGAUGGUUUUAGGGAGAGCUCUUUUGUACUUUACCUCCAAAAAAGGAACAAUGAAGCUUUUUAUGUAAAUUGGUCAAACGUUCUGAUUUGGGAUGAAAAAAAGCCGUAGUAAGAAAUGAAUCACAUAUUACAACUAACUUCUUUAAUUAUGGAAUUUUUAAACCUAAUAAAAUGUUAAGUGUCUUAUAUGUAAUCCUAUAGGUUGGUACUUUCCAAAAACUGAUUAUAGAUAACAGUUAAAUCAUCUACCUUGCUAACAUUUUUUUAUUUUUCAUUGUAAAUAUGUUUAUUUUUUAUUUAUAAAAAUUCUGAACUCAAUCCAUUUGGGUUGGUGGUAUACAGAACGCACUUAAGUGUGUUAACUAUUGUGACUUCUUUCAAGUCUAAAUGAUUUAAUAAAACUUUUAUUAAUUAUU